AUGCCGGAUUUCCUGCUGGUGAGCGCAGCGACGGGGGCCUUGGGCCCCGUCCUGGACAAGCUCGCUGCUCUGCUCAGCGACGAGUACAAGCAUUUCAAAGGGGUGCGUGGUGAGGUGAAGUUCCUCAUUAGGGAGCUCGAAGCCAUGCACGCGUUCCUUCUGAAGAGGUCGGAAGAGGACAAUCCUGAUGCGCAAGACAAGGCUUGGAUGAAGGAGAACCUACUGGCCAAGACCAAGGCCCGUCGUCGGAUUGCUAAGGCGAUUCAGGAUCUGAAAGUCCAAGUCAAGGAGGUGAGUGAAAGGAAUGCAAGAUACAAGCAGAUCGGCGAGACUGUCAUGAACACAAGCAAAGUGACAGUGGAUCCGAGAGCUCUUGCCAUAUUUGAGGAUGCUUCUAGGCUUUUGGGAAUCGAUCAACCAAAACAAGAGGUAAUAUCUUCUCUCACGAAGGAGGAUGGGGGUAUUUCAUCUCAACAACCGAAGAUAGUCUCUAUCGUGGGAAUUGGAGGAAUUGGAAAGACAACCCUUGCAAACAGAGUGUAUGAAGAGCUGAAGGAUCAGUUCCAGUGCCGAGCUUUCUUGUCGGUGUCACGGAAUCCUGACAUGGCUAAGAUUUUGAGAACUAUUCUCAGCCAAGUGACAGGCCAACGUUAUUGUAAGACAGAAGCAGGGAGCAUACAGCAGCUGAUCAUGGAAAUCAGUGAUUUCCUUCAGACAAAAAGGUACAUCAUUGUAGUCGACGAUGUAUGGGAUGUGGAAACAUGGGACACAGUUAAGUAUGCAUUGUCAAGCAAUAGUUGUGGUAGUGUGAUAAUAACCACAACUCGGAUACAUGAUGUGGCCAAAGCAUGUUGCUCAUUAUUUUCUGAUGGUUGGGUUUACAAACUAAAGCCUCUAGAAGAACAGGACUCGAAAAUGUUGUUCCAGAAUAGAAUAUUUGGGCAUGGAAAUGAACGCCCAGAAAACCUAAAAGAAGUAUCUGAUAAGAUCUUGAAGAAGUGUGGAGGUUUACCGUUGGCCAUUAUUGCAAUAUCUGCUUGCCUAUUGUAUCUUAGUAUAUUUCCUGAAGAUUAUGAAAUUGAUCAAAAGCGUUUAGUACAGCUAUGGGUUGCAGAGGGGUUCGUUCCUGCUGAAUCUACAUGCACCUUGUAUGAAUCGGGAGAGAAGUCUUUUACUGAGCUCAUCAAUAGAAAUUUAAUCCUUCCUAAGGAAAUAAGUGACUGGACUGGCGAGGUGAACAGCUGUCGUCUCCAUGAUACAAUUCUUGACUUCAUCGUGUGCAAGUCCAUUGAAGACAACUUUGAUACAUGUUUUGGAUUCCCCUGUUCCUUGUUGGGCCUUCGAUUCUUGUGUGUCCUGGACUUCGCGGACUGUCGGAGAUUAUUAGAAAACCAUCAUCUUGCAAACAUUGGAGAAUUACUCCAGCUGAGUUCUUGUCGAUCUAAAUCUGGCGAUAGUAAACUUUUUAACGUUGAAGACAUACCCUCGACAGACAGACAACGACUUCUGAUCAGCAACAGGUAUCCAUACAGAAGCUUGAGGCAUUUCUGGGUAGGCACCAAUGAUCCAUUGGAUUUGGAUAUCCCCAUGCUGACGUUUGAAGCUGGAUCCAUGCCAAAGCUGGAACAACUCGGUAUCGGCUUUCAUGCAGAUAUUACAAUUUCCGUGAGUAAUGGUCGUCUUGAUUUUGGUCUCAAGCAUCUCUCCCAACUCACGGAGGUCGGGUGUGAUAUGAUCGUCACCGAACUGAAUAUUUUGCGUGUAGAAGCUGCCAUUCAAAAAGAACUUGACAACCACCCGAAGCUUCCAAAGUUCGUAAAAUUCCGUUUCCCUUCAACUGCAGCACUGGCACUACCCACGGACCUCUCCUUCACCAUCCACCAUCACGCCACCUCCCCUGACACUGGCCGUCGACAUGGCCAACGACGGCACCGAUCGAAAGCUCGCCACGGCACCACCAUCCGUGGACGAGAAUUGGUUCAGGGUGCACUACAUAUUCCUGAUCGCGUCAAGGGAACAUCAGGGGCCGCCCCAGAUGUUCUGGGGUCUCGACUCAUUGCUGCUCCUCAGCAACAGGAGGCAUUCGUGCGGCCAUGCUUCACAUUCAGUUCUGGAUCACCUCCUAACGCUGAAGCUGAUUAUGAGCUGUCGCAACCUGAAGACCUAGCAAAUGCCUUCACCAGUACCUUCAAUGGGCUUUCCUUGCGCGACGACCACAGCUGUCGAAGCAGCCUCGUCGGACACCGGUAA